GCCCAACCUAGCCCUCCCACUGACCCUUGAAGGCUUCUAUAUGGGGAUGGCCUGGGACAUCCCUUACAAGGAGGGAUGUCUUCCUCCUCUGCUGCCUUUCCACCACCCCACCCCUGCCUACUACGACCUGUGAGCCCCCUCUCCAAACCUCUUUUCCCCCUCAGCACCUGAUGACAUGUAAGCUGGGGACUCAGAAAGUCCAAGAGCCCAAGGAUGCCCUGAAGAAACUGCAGGAGGUGGAUGCUCAGGGCCGGGUGUGGAGUCAGGACUUGUUCCUGCAGGUCAGAGAUGGCUGGCUCCAGCUGCUGGACAUUGAGACAAAGGAGGAGCUGGACUCUUACUGCCUGGACAGCAUCCAGGCCAUGGAUGUGGCGCUCAACACUUGCUCCUUCAACUCCGUCCUGUCCAUCACAGUACGGGAGUCGGGCUUGCCAGGCACCAGCACUCUGCUCUUCCAGUGCCAGGAAGUGGGGGCAGAGCAACUGAGGACCAGCCUGCAGAAGGCCCUGGAGGACGACCAACAGCAAAAACCCCAGUCUGGAGCCCCAGGCCAAAACAGAUGGAGGGGGCCUCCUCCGGAAAGACCGUUCCCUAAGGAGCAGUUACCCCCUCCGGAGCAAGGGCCCUCUCCAGAACAGCCCUACUGGAUGACCCCAGAGCACAACAUGCCACCAUCCCCAAGGUCCCUGCCACGCCACUCCAGUGCCCGAGAACCAAGCACCUUCACUCUGCCUCCUCCAAGCCAGUCCCCAUCCCCUGAGAACCCAGAGAGGGAUGAGGAGAUACUAAGCCACAUCCUUGGAGACAUCGAGCUGUUUGUGAGAAUGCUGAAGGAGGCCCAGGCAAAGAACAGGCAUAAGAAGAAGAGACUGGGGAAGAAAAAGGGCAAGGAUCAGUGGGGGAUGACACAGGCACAGUACAUUGACUGCUUCCAGAAAGUCAAGUACAGCUUCAACCUCCUGGGGAAGCUGGCCAUCUGGCUGCCGGAGAAGAAUGCCCCUGAGUUCGUGCACAUCCUCUUCCAACUUCUACACUUCGUCCUGGCCCAGUGCUCGGAGCCCGGCCUGGCCACCCGAGUGAUUUCACCCCUCCUCACCCCGAUUCAGUUCAGGCCUGGUCCUCACUCACCGGCUGGUAGUCCAGGCCACACCCAGACCCUUCCAGAAGUCACUCUCAUAAGAUCCGGCCAUCCCCUCCCUCUCCACAUCCAACAGCCUGGCACGGAGUGGACUCAGCAUUGUUCUCUCCCCAGGGCCAACUGGACAGGCAGUGAACCCCUGCCUUAUCAACCCACAUUCUGUGAUGGUUGGCAGCUUCCAGAACACUCCAACCAGGCCCCCUCAGGAUACCAGGACUCUACUUCCCUCCGGCCCUCCAGCCCCAGACUUGCCAAGCCAGCCCUGAAAAUGCAAGUUCUCUAUGAGUUUGAAGCUAGGAACCCACAGGAACUGACUGUGGCCCAGGGAGAGGUGCUGGAGGUUCUGGACCAGAGCAAGCGGUGGUGGCUGGUGAAGAAUGAGAAGGGACAGAGUGGCUACAUUCCCAGCAACAUCCUAGAGCCUCAACAGUCGGGGUCCCAGAGCCAGCCGCCUUCUCGGGCUCCAAUGCUUCGACUUAGCUCAACGCCUGAGGAAGUCACAGCCUGGCUGCAGGCAGAGAACUUCUCCACCAUCACGGUGAGGAGCCUCAGGUUCCUGAGAGGAAACCAGCUGCUUCACAUGAGACCUGGGGAGCUUCAGAUGCUGUGUCCACAGGAGGCCCCACGAGUCCUGGCGCGGUUGGAAGCUGUUAAAAGGAUGCUGGGGAUGAGCCAUUAGGCACCAACCCAAACACCUCUAAGACCAAGACCCUCCCACAAGCAAGAUGGCAGAACUGAUUCUUUGCGGAGCCCUGAGAAAUCCACUCUGAGGUCUCCAGUUUG